GCCUUACCUCACACCACCCCGCAAUGAGCAGGCUCCUCUCUCACCCGCUGGGGCGCCUGCCCCGGCUUUCCAGGAGCUCUCCGGCUCCUCGUAUCCUUGGCGUUCGCUUCGCCAGCGAGGCGAAGGACCAGGACAUCCGCAAGAAGUACUCUGCGACCCUCCUGCUACCGAAGACGGACAUGCCGUUGCGCGUGAAGAACCCGCCUGCGACCGAGGACAAGUUCCGGCACCGGACGACGGACGAGCUUUAUCGCGAGCAGUAUGCGAGCAACGAGGGACCGGUGUUCGUGCUGCACGACGGACCGCCGUACGCGAACGGCAACCUCCACAUGGGGCAUGCGCUCAACAAGAUCCUCAAAGACAUGAUCAACCGCUACAAUGUGAUCCGCGGCCGCAAGGUUCACUACAUUCCCGGUUGGGACUGCCAUGGCUUGCCGAUCGAGCACAAGGCGCUGGCGGCGCUUGGCAAGUCUCACACGUCUCUUGACCCAGUGAGCGUGCGGCAAGAGGCGCGCAAGUUCGCACUCGAAGCCAUAGACGUCCAGAAGGCCGAGAUGAAGCAGCUCGGCGUCAUGGCUGAUUGGGACAAUCCCGAUGGCGUGUACCGCACCCUUGAUCACGAGUAUGAGAUCCGUCAGCUCAAGAUGCUGCAGAUGAUGGUGUCCAAAGGAUUCAUCACACACCGCCUCAGGCCCACAUACUACUCGCCUUCUUCGCGGACUGCUCUUGCGGAAGCAGAGCUCGAAUACACAGACCUUAAAUCUACUUCGGUAUAUGUUGCGUUCCCCGUCGCCGAAGAUGGGAUGACCCCACGCCUGCAAGAGGCGUUCCAGAAAGGCAAGGAGAUCAGUCCGGAGGCUAGCUUGAGUCUGGCAAUUUGGACAACGACACCAUGGACGCUCCCGGCAAACAUGGGAGUAUCGGUGCACAACGAAAUUGUGUAUGCUGUGGUGCUUGAUCGGGAAAAGCGACUUCUUGUUGUAGCGGAGGAGCUCCUGGAGCCGCUCCAGGAGCGAUUUGGGAAAUUGGAUGUCGUGGACCGACUGGAGGGCAAGGAUCUCGUUGGCACCAAGUAUCGCAACCUUUUCCACACGGGCGAUCACUCGUCGCUCCCAACAAUCUUUGCGGCGGACUAUGUUACGCCCGAGUCCGGAACAGGUCUUGUCCACUCCGCCCCAGGUCACGGACAUGACGACUACGACGCGUUCCAGGCUCAGAACAUCCCGAUGGAUGACCUGCGUUGUCCCGUCGAUGACGAGGGGCAUUUCACAAGCGAAAUUGUCCAGUGGUCCGGGAACGAGGCAUUUUCUGCUCUCGUUGGAAAAUAUGUCUUGGGCGCCGGGGCCAAGUUGAUGAUCGAGCAAUUAAAAAACUCGGGUGUCCUGCUGGCUGAGGAGAAGAUUGAGCACCGCUACCCCAUCGACUGGCGGACCAAGAAGCCCAUUAUUAUUCGGGCAACGCCCCAGUGGUUCUGCGAUGUCGGGACUCUCAAACCGUCCGCGGUCGAGGCAAUUGAAAACAUCAAUUUUGUUCCUCCUAAUGGGCGCAAUCGACUUUCUGCCACUGUUCUCUCGCGCUCCGAGUGGUGCAUUUCACGCCAGCGUAGUUGGGGCGUUCCAAUCCCCUCCCUUUUUAACGCCGAAGGCGAGCCUUUACUCACUGUGGAGUCGCUCGAGCACAUUAUUUCUGUACUGCGGGAGAAAGGGGUUGACCACUGGUGGUCCGGAUCCGACGAGGAGUUUGUGCCUCCUAGUCUCGUAGGUCAGAAGCUCACGAAGGGCUUCGACACGCUCGACGUCUGGUUUGACAGCGGCACGUCGUGGUCGCUGAUUGCGGAUGCUCACUUGCGACCGGCAUCUGAGCCAUUAGCUGAUGUCUAUUUGGAGGGAUCUGACCAGCACCGUGGAUGGUUCCAAUCAUCGAUCCUCAUCCGGCUGGCAGCGCUGGAGAAGGUCGGUGACAAGCCGAUGGCCCCAUACCGGAACUUAGUCACGCACGGCUUCUGCACGGACGAAAAAGGCAACAAGAUGAGCAAGUCGCUGGGCAACGGCAUCUCCCCGAUGGACGUGGUGAACGGGAAGAAGGGACGGGACGCUUUCGGAUCCGAUACUCUGCGCGUGUGGGCUGCUGGGGCUGACUACACGCGCGACGCCUCGAUCGGGCCCUCAAGUAUCUCACAUGCCGCUGAAGUGUUGCGCAAGUUGAGGAGUACUCUGCGUUUCAUGCUUGCCAACACGGCGAGCGCCACACCCCUGCCUCUAGAGCGGGUCCAAUUGACGCUAGUAGAACGAUAUGUCUUGCACGAGCUAAGCACCCUGGAGCAGGCGGCACGAGCAGCGUACAAUGACUUUACUUUUAACAAAGUCUUGCAGGGUGUCGCCAGUUUCACAUCGUCAACCCUCUCGUCUUUCUACUUCGACGUUGCCAAGGACACACUGUACUGCGACCCUGUGGACGGGGCACGGCGGCAGGCCAUCAUUGCCACACAACACUACGUGCUAAGCGCCGUGCUCAAGAUUGUCGCUCCUAUCGUCCCACACCUCGCCGAGGAGGUCUACGAAGCCAUGAGCGUGGGCUCCCCACAGCGCAAGAAGUCAGUAUUCCUGGAACACUGGACGGACGGGGAGAGCUGGAUCGACACAGAAGCCGCGGACCACAUGGCCGCCAUCCUCGCCAUUCGGAACGAAGUGCUGGGCAUGCUUGAGACGGCACGGCAGGACAAGCACGUACGAGUGCCUACCGAGGCUGCAGUGUACCUUAACGUGUCGCCCUUGAUGGAGAGCUUGUUGAAGAGGCACGCGGCUCUUCUCCCAAGCAUUUUGGGAGUGUCAAGCGUCGAGUUUACGACUCCACCAGCGUCCACGUGGAGUGUGACGGCGCCGCCAUCAGAAACGGUAUCGAUCACGCUGGCUCCUGCGCCCGGCCACCAGUGCCCCCGGUGCUGGUUGUAUACGGCGCCCGCGGAGACGGCGCUGUGCGGGCGGUGUGACAAGGCGCUUGGACAGCCCGCCGCGGGACAGUAAAAUGGUGGGGUUGGGAUAUGGGGAAAUGAGUGGAGACUUGGCGUCAUAUCGCGCCCCAGAGAUCCAGAGAUCUGCUCCAUUAGUUUCUUUAUGGCAUCGCAAUCACCUGUCCGACACGCACGGCACAGACAGGCUACGGGCUGCCGACUGCGGCUACAAGGAGUCAGGUCGGAUCUGUAGUCGUACUCUCGCCUGGUGUGCGUGUCCACAUGCACAUGACCUCCUCGUUGCCGGUCUUGCCAAAAGGUCUGUUGUCGUGAUCAGAGGUGGAGUCGAGCCGUCCGCCGUUCCGCCGUUCCGCCGUAUCGCCGUAUGUCGUGUCGCA